CAGGGCUCAGCGCAGUGGUUGGUGCAUUAUAAGGUCUCAGCCAAUAUCUCGAUCGGUACUUCUAUCCUCUCCCGAGAGCAAAGACCAGGAGCCCCCAGGAGCCUGCGCCAUGAACCUCACGGCUACCCGCCAUCACCUGAAACUGAGUGAUGGGAAUUUCAUCCCAAUCAUCGGACUGGGCACCUAUAGCAAUCCAAAGCAAACCCAACGGGGGACCUGCACUCGGGCGGUGAAGUUGGCCAUCGACGCCGGCUACCGCCACAUCGAUGGGGCACUCAUCUACCUGAAUGAGGAGGAAGUGGGCCAGGCCAUUCAGGACAAGAUCAGGGAGGGCGUGGUGAAACGGGAAGACAUCUUCUACUGCGGCAAGUUAUGGAACACCUAUCAUCCUCCGGAGCUGGUCCGCUACGCCCUGGAGAAGACGCUGAAGAAUCUCCAGAUGGACUGCAUCGACCUCUACAUCAUCGAAAUGCCCAUGGCCUUCAAGCCUGGAGAUGCAUUCUACCCGAAGAAUGAGAAUGGCCAGUUCAUCUAUCACAAGACAGACCUUUGUGCCACCUGGGAGGCUCUGGAGGCCUGCAAGGAUGCAGGGCUCGUGAGGUCGCUCGGGGUGUCCAACUUCAACCGCCGGCAGCUGGAACUCAUCCUGAACAAGCCGGGACUCAAACACAAGCCGGUCGUCAACCAGGUCGAGUGCCACCCGUACUUUACCCAGCCCAAACUGCUGGAAUUCUGUCGCAGUCACGGCAUUGUCCUCGUGGGUUACAGCCCCCUGGGCACCUGCCGGGACGAGUCCUGGGUCAACGUCUCCUCCCCGCCGCUGCUGGAGGACCCGCUCCUGCUGUCCCUGGGCAGGAAGUACGGGAAGACCGUGGCCCAGGUGGUGCUCCGCUUCAAUGUCCAGAGAGGGGUGGUGGUCAUCCCCAAGAGCUCAAAUGAGGCUCGGAUCAAAGAAAACUUCCAGAUCUUCGACUUCUCUCUGACGGACAAAGAAAUGAAAGACAUUGAGGCCCUGAACAAGGGCGUCCGCUACGUGGAGGUGUUGAUGUGGAGCAAGCAUCCGGAGUAUCCGUUCCACGACGAGUACUGAGACGACCAGGCCGGCAUCUGGCCACCGUCGCCGCCACCGAAACAACCGCCACCGCCAUCUUAGCCACCGGUGCCGCUGACGCUGCCCGCUAUCGCUUCUGUCUGUCCCAACGUGGCACCCCGAACACGGCGGUGACCGUCACCACCUCCAUCAUUCAUUCGUUCGUUCGAUCGUAUUUAUUGAGCGCUUACUGGGUGCAGAGCACUGGACCAAGCGAUUGGAAAGUACAGUUUGGCAACAG